UACACACAUCAAUGGGCCGUCAGGAGGGAGUGACAGGCCGUGGGUCGAGCACUCUCGCCGCCACCAGUUUACACAUCGCCAUAUUGAGGGGAAGAGUAGCUGUCAUGAAUUAGGGCUUUUUCCAUCGAUUUACGCUGCUCACGCCUUGCAUAUCAGAUCAAAAUGUCUGCAGGACCAUACAAUUACUCGUAUAUCUUCAAGUAUAUUAUUAUUGGGGAUAUGGGAGUUGGAAAGUCAUGUCUACUACAUCAAUUUACAGAAAAGAAAUUUAUGGCUGACUGCCCACACACCAUUGGGGUUGAGUUUGGUACCCGAAUAAUUGAAGUAGCUGGGCAGAAAAUCAAGCUUCAAAUAUGGGACACAGCUGGUCAAGAACGCUUUAGAGCAGUCACCAGAUCUUACUACCGAGGAGCAGCUGGGGCUCUCAUGGUUUACGACAUUACUCGGAGGUCCACCUACAACCACCUUAGCUCCUGGUUGACAGAUGCACGUAACCUCACCAACCCGAACACAGUCAUAUUCCUCAUUGGCAAUAAGGCAGACCUGGAUGCACAGAGAGAUGUAACAUAUGAAGAAGCCAAGCAGUUUGCUGAAGAGAACGGGCUAAUGUUUGUUGAAGCCAGUGCAAAAACGGGUGAAAAUGUAGAGGAAGCAUUUCUGGAGACUGCUAAGAAGAUAUACCAGAAUAUCCAGGAUGGCAGCUUGGACCUGAAUGCUGCUGAGUCAGGGGUUCAGCACAAGCCAACGCAGCCUGGCAGAACCAACCUUAGCAAUGAUCCACAGUCCAGUCGUGACAACUGUUCCUGCUAAGCCGUAAUGACCCUAUACCUCUGUGGUGUGUACUGUUGUGCGCUGAACCAAAUUGAUGAUGUUCUUGCUUAUUUGAAAAUAUAUUAUGAUUGACUUUUCUACAUAUUAAGCAAUCUUGUGUAGAUUUGAGUUAGUGGCAGAGAAAAUUAUUAAAUUGAAAUGAGUCUUU